AUGAGUUUGUACGUGAUUUCAAUAUUAUUGUUACAUUUUUCCCAUUCGCUCGUAUUUUUAUUUUUGAUAUUGUUGGAAUUUUGAAUGUUGAUAAUGAGUGAGAUGAAAUUAAGUGGAUAACUUAAUUAAAUUUUUCUUAAACUCAUUUUUAUUUAUUUAUUUGUUUAAUUUAUUCUUUGAGAGAAAAAAAAAGUCUCACUGAAAAAUGAGUACAUUUUAAUUUUGCAUAUUAGUUAAAUUUAUUGAAUAGAUUAUUUUUCUUAACUUAUGUUAUAAUUAUUGUUCUGUAUAAUAUAAUAUGUGAUAUUGCAUAAAUAAUAAUUUAUAAUAUUUUUAAUGUAGGGGAGAGUGUUGUACCUUGGACCGCUUGUACCUUGGACUAAUGUAAAUAUUUUAUAAAAUAUUGGGAGAAAACAAAAUCUCAUGGAUGAAAUUUACGUCAUUAGUUCUACUACAAUAAAUAAUUUAGAUAAUGAUAAGAAAAAUGCGCGUAUUUUUUUGAUAAGCAGCAAACCAUUUCUUUAAAAAAAAAAAAACAAUUUUUAAAAUUUAAAACAUGAUUUGUUAUGUUCUAAUUUUUUAACUCAAAUUGAUAAGAUUAGUACAAUUAAAAUGCCUAGAAGCAAACGAGGUAUUAAAAGAGUAUUACCCAAUCAAACUCAUUUAGAGAGUGCUGUUAAUGAUGUUCAAGCAAAGAAUCUAACACUAUCAGAAGCUGUGAGUAUUUAUAAUGUAUCUAAAACCACAUUGUUACGGCACAUUAAAUUGUUCAAGAGUUUGAAUACAGAUAAUUAUAAGUACACAUCCAAAAUUAAUCAUCGUCAAGUAUUCACAGUAGAUGAAGAAAAAAAAUUAGUUGAAUACUUAAAAAUGUCUGCGAGGUUACAGUACGGUCUUACCAAAACUGAUACUAGAAAAUUAGCAUAUCAGUUUGCAGUUAGUAAUGGUAAACAUGUGAAAGAAUGGGAUAAAUCUGAAGAAGCUGGCAAGGAAUGGAUGAGAGGUUUUUUUAGCCGCAAUAAUACACUAUCCCUCAGGAAACCUGAGCCUACUAGUAUGUCACGAGCCACCAGCUUUAAUAAAUUUAAUGUUUCUGCUUUUUUCAACAAUCUUAUUAAUUGUUUAUCCCGAAGUCAUUUUACUCCUGAUCGUAUUUAUAAUUUGGAUGAAACAGGGAAUUCUACAGUCCAUGUACCUCCAAAAAUCAUUGCCACUAAGGGGAGUAAACAAGUUGGCUGUAUGACCUCAGGUGAACGGGGCAUAAAUGUUACCAUGAUUUGUGCUAUAAAUGCUGCUGGGAACCAUGUUCCACCCAUGAUUAUAUUUCCAAGGAAAAAAUGUACAGAUCCUAUGUUGUUACAUGUACCACCGGGUACAAUUUGA